GGCGGGCACACUGCACUUCCCGAGCGACAUACGGAAAAAAAAAGAAAAAUAAUUAAUUGCCUGGGACAAAACGGAGAAUUCCAAAGAGGAACGCAACCGAAUCGCCAAUUCGACACGCCUGAUGCCGACCCGCUGACGUCCGUCGUCCGGCAGCAGUUGAGGAGGUCCGUCGCCAAUCGCCGCAGCGGUGGAACGCCGGAGAGGAUGUGAUAUGCGCACUGCCCACCGUUGGAAUCUCCAUCUCCAUCUGUUGGUCGAUAUAAGCUCGUGCCCCCUGUCUCCGUCUCCGUCUCCGUCACCCGUUUCGUCCUCGCCCACGUCCUCGUUCUCGUUUUUGUCCUGGUCCUCGUCUUGAUCGUCCCUUCCACUGGCCACCUUUUUAUCGCUGCUUCCCCGCUCCCCCUUCGUUUAUUCCCCUGGAAAGCUGGAAGGAGUUUUGGACGGAACACCAAGAUUCUGGAACCUUGGGAAAGCAGACUAAAGCAGGAAGUUGCUACUAGAAACCUGGCAAGGAACAUGAAGCUCGGAACCCAAAACCUGGAAGUCUAGAAAAGCGGAACAGAAACCUCAAAUUUCUUUAAGAACUCUUGAAAAAGCCCUCGAAACACUGAUCAAAACUAACAAAAUUCAAGAAAGGAAUCCAAAAACAAACCAGGAAUCCCCAUAAGACGGCAAUCUUUGAUAAAAGCAUCGAACCCUUUAGGAGAAAGGUUAAGCCACAGUACUUCCUUAAGAUUAAAAGGCGUCCGGAAGGCAGGGAUACCAUCCCCAAGAGCAGGUGCUUCAGGAUCUCUGACAUCUCAGGGAAAUGGCCACCGCAUCGCUGGACGCACUGCAGGCAACCUAUGUGGAUUUUAGCGAGAUAACGCUCCGAGAGAAAGUCGGCCAUGGAUCAUACGGGGUUGUCUGCAAGGCCGUCUGGCGCGAUAAGCUGGUGGCCGUCAAGGAGUUCUUUGCCAGCGCCGAGCAAAAGGACAUCGAGAAGGAGGUGAAGCAGCUGUCGCGGGUGAAACAUGUCAAUAUCAUUGCCCUGCAUGGCAUCUCAUCGUACCAGCAGGCCACCUAUCUGAUUAUGGAGUAUGCCGAGGGUGGAUCACUGCACAAUUUCCUCCAUGGCAAGGUGAAGCCAGCAUAUUCGCUGGCUCAUGCCAUGAGCUGGGCGCGCCAGUGCGCUGAGGGCCUGGCCUAUCUGCAUGCAAUGACGCCCAAGCCUUUGAUCCAUCGCGAUGUCAAGCCCUUGAAUUUGCUGCUUACCAACAAGGGACGCAAUCUUAAGAUCUGUGACUUUGGCACUGUGGCUGACAAGUCCACCAUGAUGACCAACAAUCGUGGUAGUGCCGCUUGGAUGGCCCCAGAGGUCUUUGAGGGCUCCAAGUACACAGAGAAAUGUGACAUCUUCAGCUGGGCCAUUGUCCUCUGGGAGGUUCUUUCCCGCAAGCAGCCCUUCAAGGGCAUUGACAAUGCCUACACCAUACAAUGGAAGAUCUACAAGGGAGAACGUCCGCCCCUGCUGACAACCUGUCCGAAGCGCAUUGAGGACCUAAUGACAGCCUGCUGGAAAACGGCGCCCGAGGAUCGACCCUCGAUGCAGUACAUAGUAGGGGUUAUGCAUGAGAUAGUCAAAGAUUAUCCGGGGGCGGAUAAGGCUCUGGAAUAUAUGUUUGUGAAUCAACAGAUUAUCACCAAAGAGAGCGAUGGCACGGUGGCCGCUCAAUCGGAUAGCCUCAGUUCGCUGGAGGAUGAGGGGGAACUGAGUCCCUCAUCCACACAGUUAACACCGACAACGGCGGCCAAUGCCAAUGUGAAUGCAAAAGCAAUAUUAACAACAGAAACAACGACAACAACUAGCUCAAUGACCGAAAAUACCUCAUCAGCAGCAUCAUCCACAUCGGCAGACAUCACGCCUACCAAUUCGGGUCAACUUGACAAUAAUCCGCUAUUCCAUAUGAGCAGCAAUCGAUGGGACGCGAUACCCGAGGAGGAGAGCAACGAAAGUCGCAACGAUAGCUUCAAUCUGACCUCAUCGGCGGAGGCCACCCAGCGCCUUGAGACAAUACGCAAUGGUAUGAUCCAGAUGGCCUGUACGCCCAUGGAGCAGCUCACACUGGAUGUGGAGGCGAAUGGCUUCGAUCUGAGUCGCAGCGAAAGCAGCAGCAGCAGCACGCAUGCCAAGAGUGAUGGCCGCGAGCGACUCACGGUGACGGACACCAAGCCGGUGAUCAUGACCACCACGGAUCUGACUAAUAAUAAUAACAACAACAUCAACAGUCAGGCAGUCCUCUCAAAUGGACUCCUCAGUCACGCAGUGAAUGGUGGCCAGGUGACAACGGAACAGGAUCAGGAUCAGGGUAUCAUCAACUCGUUGGACAUGGCGAUAGUAGACGGUGAUACCACAGAUGCCGAUGAGGAUGAGAACGAUGGCACCGAACAGUCACUGGCCGAGAUUCUGGAUCCUGAGCUGCAACCGGAGCCACCCAUUCCAAAUAAUGCCGAGUCACAGGAGAUCUAUCGGGAGCACCGGCACAUGGCCAAGGAGUACCUCAGCGUGGAUACGAACCUGUAUUAUGCGCAGGACUUUAAGGACAAGCUCAUCCUUCAGAUGGAUCGUGCCGAGCGCGAACAGAAGCAGGAGCUGCUGCGUAAGAUCAAGGAUAAGGAGGGCCUGCAGAGUCUGUACAACAAUCUGCAGCAGCAGUGGGAGAAGCUGCCAGCCUCGCGUCAACUCCAUCCGCAUCCACACGUAGCACAUCCCCAUCCCCAUCCUCAUGUAGCACAUCCCAAUCCCCUUCCUCAUGUCGCACAUCCUCAUCCACAUCCUCAUGUAGGACAUCCCCAUCCGCAUCCUCACGUAGCACAUCCCCAUCCUCAUGUAGCACAUCCCCAUCCUCAUAGCCAGCAGGAUGAGGGAUCAGUAACAACUGGUGGCACCGCCGACUCUGUGGAGAACGACGGAUGGGUAGUCAUCCAGCCGCACACCAAUGCGUAGUCAUCUCUUCCGCCGGAACUUCCGACUCUCUAAGUUUUGUGUUUAGGCUAUUCUGUAAACUGUAAUCCUUAACUGUAUCUGUAUCUCUAGCCAUAGCAGUGCGUUUAUCGUUCUUAUUAAUUUUUUUCUUUUGUUAAGUUAAAUUUAAGCGUUUGUAGUCCACGAGUGUUUUCGUUUUAUGUAUCAGACAAACACCUUAUUUUUUCCUUUGAAAACAAACUUAAUUUAGGUUUUUAACUGUACGAUGAAGCUUAUAUAUUAUAUUAUAUUUAACGUAUACUUACUUAUGUGUAUCUGUCCGACGAAGCUGACAAGAGUAGACCAAAAAAUAUAAAAACUAUCAAAAGCAACGACA